CGUAAGUUUUUUUUUGUAUUUGUUGUGUGCGUUGGCAUUUUAACGCAUCAAGAGAAGAAAAUAUUAGUAAGAUUUUGAAUAGGAAACAAAAAACUAGAAUGAUACAUAGUUUAUUUAUUGUUAAUAAUAGUGGUGAUGUGUUCCUAGAGAAACAUUGGCGUUCAGUUGUUUCUCGUUCUGUAUGCGACUACUUUCUUGACGCGCAAAGGAAUUCACCAUAUGAUGUCCCUCCAGUUAUUUCGACACCUCAUUUCUAUCUUAUUACCGUGCAACGUAAAGGCAUUUCAUUUGUAGCUGCUUGUAAGCAAGAAGUGCCACCUUUGUUUGUUAUUGAAUUUUUACAUCGCGUUGCUGACACAUUUGAAGAUUAUUUUAGUGAUUGUUCGGAAUCUAUAAUUAAAGAAAAUUAUGUAGUUGUUUACGAACUACUGGACGAAAUGUUGGAUAAUGGUUUUCCUUUGGCGACAGAAAGUAACAUAUUGAAAGAACUAAUCAAACCGCCUAAUAUUUUAAGAACAAUUGCUAAUACAGUAACUGGAAAAAGCAAUGUUAGUACCACAUUGCCUUUGGGUCAGCUGUCUGCCAUACCUUGGCGUCGAAGUGGUGUACGCUAUACCAAUAAUGAAGCAUAUUUCGAUGUGAUCGAAGAAGUGGAUGCCAUUAUAGACAAAUCUGGGUCCACUGUAUUUGCGGAAAUUCAAGGCUAUAUUGAUUGUUGCAUAAAGUUGUCGGGGAUGCCUGACUUGACUUUAUCGUUUAUGAAUCCGCGCCUAUUCGACGAUGUCUCUUUUCAUCCUUGCGUGCGCUUUAAACGUUGGGAAGCUGAGCGCUUAUUAAGUUUUAUACCACCUGAUGGUAAUUUCCGUUUGAUGUCGUAUCACAUCAGCUCUCAGUCUGUGGCCGCAAUACCUGUUUAUAUUAGGCAUAAUUUCUCGAUAAAAACCGGCGAACAAGGACGUUUAGAUUUGACCGUAGGUACUCGUACGGUUAUGGGACGUUCCGUAGACAAAGUAAAAUUAGAACUAGCUAUGCCGAAAUGCGUACUAAACUGUAUUUUAACUCCGAAUCAAGGUAAAUAUGCUUUUGAUUCGGUUACGAAAAUUUUAACAUGGGAAGUAGGACGUAUUGAUGUUACAAAUUUACCAAACAUACGAGGAACUGUUUCCAUAACACCCGGCAGUCCCAAUUUAGAUUCGAAUCCUACCAUAAAUGUUCAGUUCACUAUAUCUCAAAUGGCUGUCUCUGGCCUUAAAGUAAAUCGCUUAGACAUGUAUGGUGAAAAGUAUAAACCAUUUAAAGGUGUGAAAUACAUAACCAAGGCUGGUAAAUUUCAAGUGCGAAUGUAACGCAAUUAAAAACACUUAAGUAAUUCGAAUUAACCUGAAAGAACAUACAUUUACAAGAACAAAAAGAAACGAAAAAAGAGAGUUCAUUUUUUAUAUACAAUAAGAAAAGAAAAAAAAAAAACUAUUUUUGAAAAGGUAUAUGUUUAGUUAAUUAAUUGCUUUACAAUAGUAAUAUAUUUACUUCUUUAGUUAUAGAACUUCAAGAUAUUAAAAUUUACACACGCAGACAAAAAAGAAAAAAAGUAAAAGAAAAGUAAG